AUGUCAGUGAUUGGAAUCGAUUUUGGUAAUGAUUCGUGUUUCGUGGCUACGGUUAAGAAUGGUGGUGUCGAAACAUUGGAUAAUGAUUACAGUUUGAGAGCAACACCAUCGUUCGUAGCAUUCGCCGGAAGGAAGCGGAUUAUUGGUGCGGCCGCGAAGAAUCAGUAUGGGUCGAACAAAGAAAAUACGGUCAUUGGAUUUAAACGAUUGUUGGGUCGAAAAUUCGAUGAUCCUCAUGUGCAGCAUGAGUUAACGAUGAUUCCAACCAAAAUUGAAGAGAGAUCGGAUAAUGGCAUCAAUAUAUGCGUUCAUUAUUUGGGGCAGACGCACUUUUUUACGCCGGAACAAGUGACGGCCAUGUUACUUACUAAAUUGAAAGAGACCUCUUCUCAGGCUUUACAGGCACAAGUGUCCGAUUGUGUCAUCGCUUGUCCAUUUUAUUUUACAAACGCUGAGCGACAAGCUUUGCUCGAUGCCGCAAAAAUUGCCGGCUUAAACGUAUUGCGUUUGCUAAACGAAACAACCGCCAUAGCGUUAUCAUAUGGUUUUUAUAAGCAAGCUCUGCCCAGCGAUAAUCCGCGCAAUGUAAUCUUCGUGGAUUGCGGCGACUCUUCGUUGCAAGUUUGCGCAUGUGCCUUUACCAAGGGUAAGCUCAAGAUGCUGGCCAGUAGUUGGGAUCAAGUUGGCGGUCGAGACUUUAAUGUUGUCAUAGCUGAUUAUUUUGCCAAGGAAUUCAAGCAACGCUACAAAAUCGAAAUCGAACAUAAUUCUCGACAGUGGUUACGUUUAUUAAGUGAAGUUGACAAAAUGAAAAGACAAAUGUCGACAAACAAUACCAGCUUGCCUCUAGAGAUUGAAUGCUUCAUAGGUGAUAUCGAUGUAUCGUCGAGCAUGCAUCGUUAUCAAAUGGAAAUAUUAUGCGAUUCACUGUUGGGACGUGUUGAAGAUACACUCAAUAGGCUCUUAAUUGAAUCUAAAUUACCUUUGAAAGAAAUUCAUUCGGUGGAAAUUGUUGGCGGCAGUACACGCAUACCAGCAAUUAAAGAGUUGAUUGAGAAAGUUUUUGGUUUAACGGUGUGUACCACUUUGAAUCAGGAUGAGGCUGUUUCGCGCGGCGGGGCACUACAAUGUGCUAUGAUGUCACCCGCUCUUCGUGUACGUAAGUUUGAAAUUACUGAUAUUCAAAACUAUGCUGUUGAGGUGAGCUGGAGUGGCGAAGGCUCUUGUAUUGGUAGUAGCGUCGAAAUAUUUCCCGCCUUUCAUGAGGCACCUACCAGUCGUUUGCUGACUUUAAGCCGCAAAGAAUCAUUUAACUUAACGGUACGAUACUCUCAAUCCAUACCCUAUCCAGAUCCUACUAUUGGUCAAUGGACUAUCAAAGAGAUAAAAGCCAAAAAUCAUGGAGAAUAUAACGAUAUUAAGGUGAAGGUAAAAAUUAAUCAACAUGGCUUGAUAGUGAUUUCAAGAGCUACACUAGCUGACAAAAAUGAUACUGAGAGAAAAUCGACAAGCCUUCAACAUACAGCAAUAGAACGACCGAAACUAGGCAUGAUCGAAGACAGUGAGAAAAGCCGUAUACCAAGCCGCGCAAACACUUCCACAGAUAGGCAGACAAACAAAGUGAUGGACGAUGACAAUGACAAGAGAUCCUCAAAAUAUGUGAACUUACCAAUGGAAUUUCAAAUUCAUGGCAUUUGUCAAAAAGAAUUGAAAGACUUGAGGCUAUUUGAGGAGAGAAUGUCAGCCAACGAUGCCAGCGAAACAAAACGUAUUGACGCCAAAAAUGCUUUGGAAGAGUAUGUCUACGAAAUGCGUAGCAAAUUGCUUGGGGGACAUUUGGAUCAGCACAUUUUUCCGAUAGAGCGGGAAAGUAUUUGCACUGAACUUAACGAUGUUGAAAAUUGGUUAUACGAAGAUGGUGUCGAUACCGAUUAUGAUACUUAUAUGGAUAAACUCUAUCUACUGAAACAAAGAAUUAAUCCAAUUAAUGCCCGUGCAAAUGAUUAUGAACGUUGCCCUUUAGCUUUUGACGAGCUGGAGCGCGCCAUCUCAUUUGCCCGCGCUGUUAUUGCCGACUUUAAGAAGGGCGUGGAUAAAUACGCUCACUUCACCGAAGCGGAAUCUAUAAACAUUUCUGAAAAAAUCGACAAAUCCCAAAAGUGGUUCGAUCGUAAUAAAGCAAGGUUUGUUGAAGCUGCACGUACUAGUGAUUGCCCAGUAAAUUCAAGUCAAAUACGUUAUGAGGCAGACAUACUGACAAACUACGUGAAUUCAGCUAUUAAUCGCUCAAAAUUGAAUCGAAAUACACCAAAAAUAACUUCUGCAACCAUAACUACUGGUCCAAGCGAAAUCGGUCAACGACAGCUUCAGCAACAUAAUAAACAUUAUUAA